CCUCCUYCAAUAACCGAAGCAACUCUUUAUCAAGUUGCUGCUUCUCUGCAAAUGUUUGUGGACGAACUCCCUGAACUGCCGAAGCUGUAUGGUUAUUCCAUGCGCUAUCGAUCUCCUCUCCCUGGUCGUCUCACCAUCGGCAURUACCAGAAGAAAUGGAAAUUCCACCGCGACUUGCCUCCCACCACAGUCUUUGCCUACGGGACGUCCCAACAGACCGCCACCGUACCUGGUCCCACAAUUGAGACACUCCGAGGUGUACCUACCUACGUAACGUGGCAAAAUUAUCUACCUCAAAGUCACAUACUCCCCUGGGACCCMACCGUCCCCACMGCCAUCCCAAAGAACGGCGGUGUUCCCACAGUCGUCCAUCUCCACGGUGGAGUCCACGAGCCACAGAGCGACGGCAGCGCCUUUGCCUGGUUCACUUCCAAUUUCAAAGAAACCGGACCGGCCUGGUCUAAACAGACCUACACUUAUCCCAAUGUCCAACACUCUGGCAAUCUCUGGUACCAUGAUCAUGCACUCGGUUUGACACGUGCUAACCUCCUAGCUGGUUUGAUUGGCGCCUACGUCAUCCGUGAUCCUAAAUUGGAUGCUUCCCUAAAUCUCCCAUCUGGACCCGAGUUUGACCGGCACUUGUUCGUCUUCGACAGAAGCUUUUCCACAGACGGAUCCCUUUACAUGAACUUUACCGGCAAUAACCCGUCAAUCCAUCCUCAGUGGCAACCGGAAUAUUUCGGAGAUGCCAUCGUAGUUAACGGUAAGGCCUGGCCGUACCUUAGUGUCCAAAGAAGGAAAUACCGUUUUCGGAUCAUCAACGCCUCGAAUGCACGAUAUUUCCGGUUCUCGUUAUCCAAUGGUCUGCCGUUCGUCCAGGUGGCAUCUGACUCAUCAUACCUCCCCUCCCCUGUUCACACACAAACUAUACUCCUGGCCCCUUCGGAGAUUGCGGAUGUGAUCGUUGACUUUUCCACGUCUACAACUAACGAGGCCAUCUUGAAGAAUGAUGCCCCAUACCCGUACCCGACUGGAUUACCCGUGGACCAGCUAAAUGGAAACGUGAUGAAAUUCAUAAUUGCACCAAAACGAGCAGGCCCACCGGAUAGGUCAACAGUACCGGCAAGUCUAGUGAAUUAUCUACCGGCGACAACAGAAGGUGCAGUGCAGAAAAGGUACAUCGUGAUGUACGAGUACACGAGCAAUGCAGGGACGCCCACACAUCUCUACAUCAACGGGAAACGAUUGGAGGAUCCGGCAACGGAGACACCAAAAUCCGGCAGCACAGAGGUGUGGGAGGUGAUUAACUUGACCGGAGACAAUCACCCAUUGCACCUGCACUUAGCUUCAUUUCAGGCAGUGAAGGCGCAAGAGCUGGUGAAUUUGGACGUGUUCAAGGCUUGCAUGACAACCAAGAACGACGCCGUGGCGUGCAAUGUGGCGAACCAUGCAACARGGAAGCUGGCUGAUAUCCCUGCUUAUGAGAGAACAUGGAAGAACUCUGUGAAGAUAGAUCCUGGAUACCAAACUACAGUCGUCGUCAAAUUUAAUCUGGUUGACACYGGAGCUCCUUACCCGUUCGACGCUACUGCUGAACCUGGUUUCGUCUAUCAUUGCCAUGUGAGUCUCUCUGUUAUAUUUGAGCAGAUACCAGAUAGAUUAACCUUUUACUUUUAA